AUGGACGUAUCGGCCCCCUCUGGAUCACCUCAUUUCCUUCUUCUGGACACAUUCUGGCGAUGUCCAGUCUUUCCGAUUUCCCUUUCCUCCACGCCCCUCAACACAGCAUUAAAACUCCAUUUUAACCAAUAUGUAUUUGCUCUUGAGAUUGUCAACAUAUUUGAUAAAUGCCAAUUUGUCCAUCCCAUCUCACCUCGUCUAUUUGGGUGUCAAUGUGUGCAGGCCUUUAGACAAAACCCCCAACUUAAGGCCAUUCCACCAUUACUUUUGACUGUUGCCGUGGCCGUUGCGUCUGCGUUAUCUGCUGCAGCUUUCGCUCCCGUUGCCACGGGCAACCAUUGUCAUCACAAGUCCGCCCCGCCCACAUUCUCUGCAGGCAGGCAGGCAGGAAGGCAGGCGGGCAGGCAGGCAGAGGGUAGAAAGUGUGUAUAUUUGCGUGAAGAAGCAGUGACUUUGUCAAAUUCUGUUUGUCAUGGUGCCCUGUGGUUCAUUUAUGCUUAUGCUGUCAUCCCAAUUCUCAAAAGCCUCGAGUACAGCCAAGUUGAAAUGAGAGCAUCGCUCUCCGAUGCCAACAUACCAUCCUGUUGUAUUGAUCUCGGAGAGGCACGCAACUAUCCCCACAGAACAAUGAACUUGGGGAGGCAGCCGGGCUGUCCGGUAGGCUUCCCCAUGGUUAUUCGCCCACCGUCCAUCUGUCUUUCCAUCUGUUACCAAGCCUGUAAUUCGGUAGUUCACCUCUCCGUCCAACCGAAGAGCCAAGUCAAGUUGGGCGAAAAGCAAUUCGUUGGAGGUCGUGGGGCUUGUGGAGCUUACGCUGUCCGCUGCCAGUCAUGUGAAGGAGUCUUCUGGGAGGACGGAUAA